AACAAGCUCAGUACAAUCACAUGUCUACAAUCCCUCCCCAUUUUUGUAGUCAAUGUUUUCAAUAUAUUGUGAUAUUUUGAUGCUAAAUUUGUAAAUACAGUAAUUACAACAUAACAUUACUGCGUAUUGAACUACCUUUUCUGUCAAAUUUGUUGUAUAACAUGAAGUUUUGGUGCUUAAUUUGUAAAAUCAUAACCUAAUUUGAUGUUUAAUAGGCUUUUCCUUAAUCUCUCCUUAUUAUCCAAGUUAUUCGCUUAUCCAAGCUUCUGCCGGCCCGUUUAGCUUGGAUAAGUGAGACUCUACUGUAUGUGUAUUUCAUUUUAGGUGCAUUUAUGCCCUUUCCUGUUUUCUUAAUUUGAACACAUUUUUCUCCCUCUUCCUUCUGCAUGUGAUAAUCAUUAUUGCUCAUUUCCCUCAAAUUAGUGAGCUGAUGAACUGACUUCUUUCUCUUCUUCCUUUUCACGUAGUUCAGUUUAGAUGGGAAUUUGGGGGGCAAUUGUGACAUAUUUUUAAAAAUCCAGUUCAUCUUUUUUGGCAUCAAACAGUUAACCAUUUCUUAAAGGCCCCUAUGUUUCUCAAUAGAGGCAUUUCGCAAGAACAACACAGUAAUAAAAUAAGAGUAGUCUUCUUUGGGUCUCCAGAGAGCUUCUUUCUUUGAGAGACAGUGAAAGAUCAGAAACAUCUGGGGAGAAGUUGUCAGAGAGAACAAUAAAGAAGGAUGGAUUGUACAGAAGAAAUGGUUAAAAUCUUAUUUCAGCAUCAACAUGGAUUUAUCGUUACGAAGAUUAUGUCUACUGCUUGUGAGUUAGGAGUAUUUGAUCUGCUUUUGGAGUCAGGAGGCUUCCUCUCCUCAGCAGAAAUCGCUGAACGCCUGGGCACCAGCCACAUGGGAAUGAAAAGGCUGCUGGAGGCCUGUGUGGGGUUAAAGUUUCUAAGGAUGGAGUGGAAGGACAAUGAAGGUGUUUAUGGGAACACAGACCUUGCCAAUCUCUGCCUUGCAAAAUCAAGUCCAAAGUCCCAGUGUCGAUACAUACGAUUUUGCUCUGAGUUUCUUUAUCCAAGUUCGCAGUACUUGACAAAAGCUGUAAGGGAAGGAAAACACCAGGUUCCAUUUCUAUUUGACACUUCAGAAAAAGACAUUUAUACAAACUUUUGCAGUUCAGAGGAAAGGUUGCAAUUAUUCCAAAAUGCCAUGGGGGAUGCCUGGAGCCUGUAUGGUCAGGAGGUGAUAUCUGCAUUUGACCUCUCUAGCUUCCACAUUGUUUGUGAUUUGGGAGGAGGUAGUGAUGCCUUUGCCAAACAGUAUGUUUCAUUAUACCCAAAUUCAACUGUGACUAUUUUUGACUUGCCUGAAGUGGUGGACAAAGCAAAGAAGCAUUCUGUGCCCUCAGAGAAAUACCGAAUAAAUUUCCAGAGUGGGGAUUUUUUAAAUGAUCCAAUUCCUGAAGCUGAUCUGUAUGUUUUGGCUAGAGUUCUCCAUAGCUGGGGUGAUGAGAAGUGUUUGGCUCUGCUGACUAAGCUAUACAAGGCCUGUAAGCCUGGUUGUGGUGUAUUAAUAGUGGAGACAAUUCUCAAUGAAGACAGAAGUGGGCCUUUACCAGCCCACAUCUACUCCAUACUCAUGUUACUUGUCUUAGAAGGAAAAGAGCGGACCAAAUCCGAAUACAAUACACUCCUUGGUGCAGCUGGAUUCAAGGAUAUUCAGUUCAGGAAAGGACAAGUCUAUGCUGCUAUUUAUGGAAGAAAAUAAAACAUCUCUCUUUAAUUUCACUAUUAUUUCACUGUUAAAGUGUUAUUGUCAUUAAGUUCCAAAUACUCUUUCUGUGUAUGUUUGUGUGUAUGUGCCUUCAAGUCACCUGUAGACUGUGGCAAAAACAUGAAUUUCUUAGAUUUUUCUUAGUCAAGGAAUACUCAAGAUGGCUUUGCUUCACAGUGGUCCUCAACCUGUGGGUCCCCAGAUGUUUUGGCUUUCGACUCCCAGAAAUCUUAACAGCUGGCAAAAUGGCUGGGAUUUCUGGGAGUUGUAGGCCAAAACACCUGGGGACCCACUGGUUGAGAACCAUUGUUUACGGGCUCAUCUUCACUCACUGUACAGCUGCUUCUGGCUAUCUUCAUGAAGUUUUGUCAUUUCUGAAUCACUCUUCCUUCUUCCUCCUUGGUCAUUGCUUCCAAGAAGCUCUGGGCAGAUAAGUCUGACCUAUAUUGAAUAUUUGACCACCAUACCUGAGUGAAAACCCCCAUCCAGGUCACUCCACUAAAGUGGCCAAACAAAUCAUCUCGUGGAUUGAAAUUGAAAUUUGAAUUUAUUGGCUAUUAAUUCCCACAAGGCAAUGGCAGCUAAGCUUACCCAGCAGUGACUGAAGAGACGAAGGGCUGUUGCAUAUUCUGAGAUGAAAAAUUCAUAUGCAUCACUUGGGAGUUGUUCUUUCUUGAUCAAAUCAAGAGUUGGAAGCAGUGAUAAGUAUUCGAAAUGUAACACUGGGCCUGGAAAGAGGACAGCAGCAAUAGGGUUAGAUAUCUUGAGUGACAUAACGGGUCCUCCCUUCUUGCCUAUGUAUAUCCUGACCUCUGUACACUGAUACUCUUAGGGAUAUUUUUUCCACCCCAUCUCUUCCUGUCAGACCUCUCUUAAUUCUUCCCUACAAAGACACUAACCAACUGUACUGUUUUACUACAAAAUUCUCAUAAUAAAGACUUUAACUUGUUUUUCUAAGGCA